CAGCAGUGACAUUUAAUGUAGAAUUUUGGUUUCCAUAAAUUAUAAUUAAAAAACCAUUUUAGUCAAUACAAAUUACAUAUAAAAUUACGUGAUGUCUUCCCUAAACGACAAAAACGACAUAUAUUCAUCACCGAAUUCUACAGCAACCUUCAGCCCCUUUUCGUCACCUUAUUUAAAUUUCGAUCCCGGCUAUAUACCCCAAACUCAGCCCGAGUUUAUAUUUCUCGAUGGCGCCAGCAAACAACGAGGCCGAUUCGAGCUGGCUUUCGGCCAAAUCGGAGGUUCCUGCAUGAUAGGGGCCGCGUUAGGCGGAGCCUCCGGAUUUUACAGUGGCCUGAAGGCUACGACACUAGCCGGACAAACCGGAAAGCUCAGAAGAACUCAAUUGAUAAAUCACAUUAUGAAGAAGGGAAGCGCUACUGCGAAUACAUUUGGAUCUGUCGCUGUGAUUUACUCGGCUUUCGGCGUGAUUUUGUCAUGGGCCAGAGGGGCUGAUGAUGAUUUGAAUACAAUUGCAGCGGCUACUGCAACGGGAUGCCUGUACAAAUCGACAGCUGGGUUGAGGAGAUGCGGCUUGGGAGGCGCUGUUGGAUUGGGAGCCUCUGUUUUGUACGCUAUUUGGAAUAAUAGGGAUAAGCUCACAGAAUUGCGGCAAUAUAAUCCAGCGAGAAGGUAAAGCAGAGUAUGGGCUUGCUACACAGAUGUUCCUGAAUAACGUUUUUUUUAUUUAUUAUGUACAAAUUUUUGAAAUGUCUUCUGUAAAUAUAGGUUUAUGUUCUCUCUUAAAUUGUACAAUAUUAAUAAAUUAUUUAAAAUUUUUACACCCGGAACUAUUUCUG